UCCACAGGUUAGUUUGGAAGAGUGGGUAGGUCCCAUUGUCAUUACUGGAGGUGGUCUUUGAAUUUCACUGGACGGUGUCAAAAUUCCCUCGGACUCGUAACACUCAGCUAUGGGCAGUGUGUUGGCCGCCAGCUCCCCCAGCCCGGCCCUUGUUCCGGGUGGUGCUGGACAGGGGGGGCCAGGUUUGGUGACAGUACCUCCAGGGUUCAGCAUGCCACCGGUCUCACCUGUCACUCCGUCCUCUGCUUCUGGCCAGCCAACAGAAGAAACAGAGCCUCUCCUUCCCAACCCAGGAACUUACGAGGAAUGCCAUCGCAAAUGCAAAGAGGUAUUCCCAGUGCAGAUGGAGGGAGUGCGUCUCGUGGUCAACAAGGGUUUGAGUAACCACUUCCAGGUCAGCCAUACAAUCAACCUCAGUACCCUUGGCGAGUCUGGCUACAGGUUUGGUGCCACCUACGUAGGCAGCAAGCAGAUGGGGCCUGCAGAGUCUUUCCCUGUCAUGGUGGGAGACAUGGACCACACGGGCAGCCUGAACGCCCAGAUCAUCCACCAGCUCACCACUGGAGUGAGAUCCAAAAUAGCCAUCCAGACUCAACAGCAUAAGUUUGUGAAUUGGCAAUGUGACAUGGAGUAUCGCGGGGAAGACUUCACCUCGGCCGUAACCCUUGGCAACCCGGAUGUCCUUGUUGGCUCGGGUAUUCUGGUUGCUCACUACCUCCAGUCCCUCACGCCAGCACUGGCUCUGGGAGGUGAGCUGGUCUACCACAGGAGACCUGGGGAGGAAGGGGCCGUCACCUCCCUCGUGGGCAGGUACACCGGAACUAACUACAUAGCGACGUUGACCCUGGGAGGUGCGGGCGCCCACGCCACGUACUACCACAAAGCCAACGACCAGCUGCAGGUCGGGGUGGAGUUUGAAGCGAGCACACGUACGCAGGAGACCAGUGCAUCGUUUGGCUACCAGUUGGACCUCCAGAAAGCUAAUCUACAGUUUAAAGGCACAGUAGACAGUAACUGGGUGGUGGGGGCCGUCUUGGAGAAGAAGCUGGUUCCCCUGCCCCUCUCCCUGGCACUGGGUGCCUUCCUCAACCAUCGCAAGAACAAAUUCCAGUGUGGCUUUAACGUCACCAUCGGCUAGACCGCAGACCUCCCACCCCUCCCAGCCACCUCUCCCGACAACCGCUUGGACCGGCGGUGAGACAGAGGUUCAACAGAUUCAGAGACUCUCCAAAACUGUGAUUUGUGGGGUAGACGGAGAGGAGUCUAGCCUACAUGCCGUAGCAGUCUUCCCCUCAUGGUGUGGGAGACCCAGUGACUAGAGAGCAUCAUCAGAAGAUGCAUGUGCUCUAUGUCUGUCAAGUGGUUAGACUAAUAUAUGGUGAAAUGUAUGUUUAAUGAGAAAUAAAUGUGAUUACUUUUGUAUCUUUUGAAAGUUGUCGAUCGCACAAGGUUCUCGGUUUCCAUGGUACUUUUCGGAGUAUGUAUAAGGAGAAAGCAAAUUGUGAUGAUUCAACAUUAACAUGGAUUUGACCUUGAGGAUAAGUUAGGAAAUGUCAGUUAAUUUUCCGAUUUCGUCUGUAGGAUCACAUUCAGUUUGAGUGCCUGUCUUCAUGGUCUGGUUUGAUCAGCCCCUCUAUGCUUUUCUUUAUCCAGAUGUCUUUGUUGUUGUACUUAAACUUAAAGGGGUUACCCUCAUUCAGAAGAAUUUGGUAAACGUUGUUAAAACGUUGUUAGGCAGCAUUGACAACUUUAGUUGAGUAUUGUUGAUGGAUGCAGAUAGACCCCAGGGCACCACAACACAUAAGAAACCAAUCCGUAUUAUCUAUAGCAGCCUCAGGGUCCCCCUGCCCUCUAUUAUUUUAUAUUAUUAUAUUUUCCAGCUACCACACACCUGAUUCAAAUAAAAGGUUUUUUAAUCAAUUUCAGCAGAAGCCCAAGGACCCAUUCAUUUGAAUCAGGUGUGUUGAUUCAAAUGAAUGAAAACAUGCAGGGGGUCCCUGAGGAGCAGGGUUCAGGAAGGCUCAUCUAUAGUAAACACACUAAACAUUGCAAAGGCAAUGGUUGUUUACACUGUAGAUUAAAUGCAAGAAGGAUACAACUCACUAGUUACAUUAAAGAUGGGUAAAAAACUAGCUACACUUACUAAGAAGUCUGUGAAAAUAUUUUUAUUUUCUUCUUGAGGCACUGGCAUUCAUAUACUUUUCAGAAAAAGGAAACUUUUUAUCAAAUUAGAUUGCUUGACAGAAUGUCAACGGUUCACCUCCGCUAACAUGACAGAAUGACAGGUCCUUGAAACAGUCAGACACAAAACGGCUCACAGGGUCCAUCAGGCUUCAAACACUGGAUUUCACUGACAGAAAAGGUUAUGGAUUUGGUGAAAAUGCUGGUUAACUGUCCCACCACGAACCUUUGGAGCACAAAAGUAAAAAAUGACCAAAUUCAUCCUCUCGCUGUUUCGUGCAAUGCUUCGGGUGGGUUGUUAUCUUCAAUGUCAAGACCACAAAACUCGGUAUUGUUGAGACCAGAUUGGAAAACACAUCACAUUGGUCUUUCUGCUGGUUGACACAAUGCUGCAGACUGGCCUCCCACAACUCAAAACCAGACAGUACACCAACAUUUCAUUUAGUGCUUUAAAACCAUGGAGAGGGUAAA